CCAGAAUCCAAGAUGGCGGGGUCCAGACGGAAGGGUCCCCGGGCUGGAGCGCGGCCGUUCAUUUGCGCCCUGCUGCUGUCUUUCAGCCGAUUCGUCGGGAGCGAUGGCAUGGGAGGCGACGCUGCGGCCCCCGGCGCCGCGGGCACCCCAGCCGAGCUACCGCACCGCCGCUUCGAGUACAAAUACAGCUUUAAGGGGCCGCAUCUGGUGCAGAGCGAUGGGACCGUGCCCUUCUGGGCCCACGCGGGGAAUGCUAUUCCAAGUUCAGAUCAAAUUCGAAUAGCACCAUCAUUAAAAAGCCAAAGAGGUUCGGUGUGGACAAAAGCAAAAGCAGCCUUCGAGAACUGGGAGGUGGAAGUGACGUUUCGAGUGACCGGAAGAGGUCGAAUUGGAGCUGAUGGCCUAGCAAUUUGGUAUACAGAAAAUCCAGGCUUAGAUGGACCUGUGUUUGGAUCCGCUGAUAUGUGGAAUGGUGUUGGAGUAUUUUUUGAUUCUUUUGACAAUGAUGGAAAGAAAAAUAAUCCUGCUAUAGUAGUUAUAGGCAACAAUGGACAAAUUAAUUAUGACCAUCAAAAUGAUGGUGCCACUCAAGCCUUAGCAAGUUGUCAGAGGGACUUUCGUAAUAAACCCUACCCUGUCCGGGCAAAGAUCACCUAUUACCAGAAAACAUUGACAGUCAUGAUCAAUAAUGGCUUUACACCAGAUAAAAAUGAUUAUGAAUUUUGUGCCAAAGUGGAAAAUAUGAUUAUCCCCACCCAAGGGCAUUUUGGGAUAUCUGCUGCAACAGGAGGUCUUGCCGAUGACCACGAUGUUCUUUCUUUCCUGACUUUCCAGUUAACUGAGCCUGGAAAAGAGCCACCGACGCCAGAAAAAGACAUUUCAGAAAAAGAAAAGGAGAAGUAUCAAGAGGAGUUUGAGCACUUCCAACAAGAACUGGACAAGAAGAAGGAGGAAUUCCAGAAAGACCACCCUGACCUCCAGGGGCAGCCGGCGGAUGAUAUAUUCGAGACCAUAGGAGAUCGCGAGCUGAGACAGGUCUUUGAAGGACAGAAUCGUAUUCAUCUGGAAAUCAAGCAACUUAACAGGCAGCUGGAUAUGAUCCUUGAUGAACAGAGGAGAUACGUCUCUUCCCUGACAGAGAUCUCCAGGAGAGGAGCGGGGUCCGAGAGGCAGCCUGGGCAGGUCUCUCAGCAGGAACUGGAUACAGUUGUGAAGACCCAGCAUGAGAUUUUGAGACAAGUGAAUGAGAUGAAGAACUCCAUGAGUGAAACGGUCCGGAUGGUCAGUGGCAUCCAGCACCCUGGCUCAGCAGGCGUCUAUGAGACAACGCAGCACUUCAUGGACAUCAAGGAGCACCUGCAUGUUGUGAAGAGAGACAUCGACGGCCUGGUGCAGCGCAGCGGGCCAGCUAAUGAAAAACCCAAAUGCCCAGAACUGCCCCCAUUUCCAUCAUGUCUAUCCACGAUCCACUUCGUGAUAUUUGUGGUGGUGCAGACGGUGUUGUUCAUUGGGCUAUAUCAUGUACAGGACUCAGCAAGAGCAGCCGCCAAAAAAUUCUUUUGACCUUCAUUUUCCUAUAUGUACAUCAUGUAUGUAUGUGCAAAUGUUGUCUUCUGAGGGGAUUUAGUAUUUAAAUUGCUUCCAUAGGUCUAAGUUAUUAAAUUUUGUAUAAAAUAACUCUUGAAAACAUUCAUUUUUCAGUAAAAAUAAAUCUUAAAGACAA